AUGGCCAACGACUCCACAUAUACGCUCUAUAACUAUGACCCGUCGGCAGUUGCGGCGAUCAUCUUCGUCGUUCUCUUUGGAUUAACCACCUUGGUGCACAUUUUCCAAAUGAUCCGGAGCCGAUCAUGGUUCUUCAUUCCUUUCAUUAUCGGAGGACUCUUUGAAGCUGUCGGUUAUGUCGGUCGCUAUCUUAACUCGAAAGAAACCCCCAAUUGGACAACAGCUCCAUAUAUCAUGCAAUCACUCUUGCUCCUUGUUGCACCAGCGUUCUUCGCUGCAUCCAUCUACAUGAUCCUGGGCCGCUCAAUCGUCUCCACCGGCCAUGAUUCGCUCUCUGUCAUCUCAGUCAAGUGGUUGACUAAGAUCUUUGUCUGCGGAGAUGUGGUUUCGUUCUUCGCCCAAUGCGCUGGCGGUGGCUUCCUUUCCUCUGCAAAGACUCAGUCCAAGAUUACCCUCGGACAAAACAUUAUCAUUGCCGGUCUUUUCAUCCAAAUUGCCUUCUUCGGGUUUUUCGUUGUGACUGCUGGCAUCUUCCAUUACCGGCUCUGGAAGUGUUGUGGUUGCGUUUCCAUGUCUUCUAUCAGGGUGCCGUGGCAAAAGUGCUUCUUUGUCCUAUACACGGCUAGUCUAUUCAUUAUGAUUCGGUCUAUCUUCCGUGCCAUUGAGUAUAUUACGGGUACGGAUGGUCCGCUGAUGUCAACGGAGGUGUAUCUGUAUAUCUUUGAUGCUGCUCUGAUGUUCUUGACUAUGGUUACCUUCAAUAUCUUCUCCCCGAAGACAUUGUGCGAUGAGACCAGGCCACACUGUAACAAUUGCUUCAAACACGGAGUACAAUGUCUCUUCAGUGAGAGCGCCCCCGCAGGCUCCAGGCAAAUAGGGUCUCCAACUCCCAACAAUUCCAGCGCGCCAAGUCCCGUCUCGGGGGAGAACACCCCACUAAUGGGCAUGGCCGAGAUGGCUCUACUUCACCACUUCUCUACAUCAACCUGCUAUACGAUUUCACGCAACCCAAUUCUGCAAACAGUAUGGCAAACUCGGAUCCCGCAAGUUAGCUUCACAUCGCCAUUCGUAUUCCGCGCCAUUAUCGCUCUUUCCGCGCUGCAUCUGGCUCAUGUAAAGCCUGAAUUUCACGAACAUUAUGUCUGUCAAGCCGAGCUUCACCAUAACACCGCCUUGCAGAUGGUAACUGCCAUCCUCCCAGACGUGAAUAAGGAAAACUGCCAAAGCAUAUAUCUCUUUUCGAUCCUGACGUGCAUUAUCUCCUGCGCCAAGCCGCGCAUCAGACACGAUUUCUGGGCAAAUAGUGAUCGAGAUAUCGAGUGGUUGACCCUCUUUCGUGGCACAACACACAUCCUGGCAUCGGCAGAUGUCUCUCUCAAAACGGGCCUUCUAGCACCGAUGUUUGCUAUGGGUCACCGCAAGAAGCUGGCUCGGGACGCGAGGUCUGCCACGGCCAUGCCGCCGUUCCUUCUGGUCUUGAAACAGCUUUUGCAGGAUACAGUCCAGGAUUCCAGUGAGUUGCAGUGUUAUCACGACUCAAUCGAUGAUAUGGCGAUGUCAUUCGCAACAGUCAACGAAAUUGGAUCACAUAACUGCGAGACUGCUGAUAUAUUUAUUUGGUUGUUGAGAGUUUCGGAUCAGUAUUUUGGAUACUUCCAGCAGCGUACGCCUGAAGCGAUGGUGAUUUUUGCAUAUUUUUGUGUUGUUAUGAAAGAGAUGGAAUGGGCUUGGUGGAUGCAGGGGUUUAGUGUCCAUACUAUCAGUGGUAUAUAUUAUCAUUUGGAUGAGGAGCAUCGUUGCUGGUUGCAGUGGCCUAUGCAACAGGUGGGAUGGGUUGCUUGA